AUGUUCGCUAAGAUAAUCGCAGCAAUGAUUCUGCUGGCAGCAGGUUACUGCCAAGACCACCAUCAUCACUCCAUCUCCCUAAAAACAGUCAUCAAGCAUGAAACACCAAAGAAAGUAGAACAUCAUACCGAAUAUAAGGCUCCAGUACAAGCCCAUGUAGUUCAGGCAGUUCAUGCUGUUCCUCAGUACCAAGGACAUGUGCAAGCUCAAGGUCAGAUCCACCAUCAAGUUCCUAAACAUUACUUCGUCCCUGCCAAAGAACCUGCACCAGUUCAUGAGGUCAUUGCCGUUGAAGCUCCAGUCCACUACGUCCCAAUUGUUCCUGUGCAUCAUGUGGUUCAACAGGCUCCUCAUGUUGAAGUUUCUCAUCACAAGGAAACUCAACACAAGGAAUCCCACCACAAAGAAUCCCACCAUGGUCAUCACAACUACCACGUUGACUACUACGCUCAUCCCAAAUACGAGUAUGAGUACAAAGUGGAGGACCCUCACACCGGUGACAAGAAGUACCAACACGAGUAUCGUGAUGGUGAUGUCGUGAAGGGCGAGUACAGUCUGCAUGAAGCUGAUGGCUCCAUCAGAACUGUCAAGUAUACCUCUGACAAGAAAACUGGUUUCAACGCUGAAGUUCUGCACAAGGGCAACUUCAAACAUGACCACCAUUACCAUCAUUAA